UUUACAGUACUCAUAAGUACUGCCAAUGAUAUAUUUCACUAAUCCAGACAGAUCAAAACUAAAUUGAUACAAUGUUCUUGGAAUUUUAAUAUCAAGGAUAAAAACACUAAAACUUUAUAAAGAAUCAACAUUAUACACAACCCAUUCUUUAUGUAUUUAAUUUAUCUGCUUAGUACAGAGGCAGCAUCUGUUUUCAGUGAGUUGCCGCUUUUUUUCUCUCUCUCUUUUUUUUUUCCUAACUCAGCAGCUGGGAUAAAUGAAAUAGUAGUCAAAGACCAAUUUAACAAUUUCAGGGCCACAAGUCUGCUGGAAUGAGGAAAAGGGAGGACAGUUGAGGAGGACAGUGACAGGAGGAAUCGUAACCUCCAGAUGUCCCCAUAAUAACUUCCAGGCAUACAGUCUCGUAAUGUGUUAUGUAUUAUGCUCCACAGUAGACUGCUCUAUCUCUGACAAAUUUCUCACUGUGCUGCUAAUUCUUCUGUUAUCCCUUCCCUCCCACAGUGCUGCAGAGAGGAGACGAGUGAAGGAGAGGUUCCUCUGAACCCACUGCACUUCACCAAUGCUGGCAGCUCUCGACAAGACAUGGGCCACAAUGUUACGAUAGGAAUAAACCUGCCUAGCUCUGCUCUGUAACUGGAGAGCCAAGCAUUUUGGCCUCAAGUCACGUUCUUAAGCUUCUCCCUGGAUUCCAGCUUCCAAAAUACCAAAGUAUAAAUUCUCUUCUUUCUUUGCUCUCCGACUCACCACCUCAACCUUCUCCAGCAGCUGAGAGCAAAAAAGCUACAGGAGCAGUAGGGAACAAGUCCGACUAGAAGAAAUGACAGAGCUGGGCAGAACAAAGGACUGAAGCAGUGAGAAUGGAAGCCACACAGAUUAAUAUGUCCCGCGUCCCGCUGGUUAAUGGAGGCAUUGACACUGCACUCAAAGCACACAAACCCCGUGUGAUGUCCAAAAGCGGUCACAGCAACGUGCGGAUAGACAAAGUUGAUGGCAUUUACCUACUCUACCUUCAAGAUUUGUGGACUACAGUUAUAGACAUGAAGUGGAGGUACAAACUCACCUUAUUUGCUGCUACUUUUGUUAUGACCUGGUUCCUUUUCGGAGUUAUCUACUAUGCCAUUGCAUUCCUUCAUGGCGAUUUAGAAAUAAACAAGUUCACCCCAAAGAGGGAGCCAUGCGUCAAGAAUGUAGACUCUCUUACGGGGGCAUUCCUCUUCUCUCUGGAGUCACAGACGACCAUUGGCUAUGGAUUUCGUUUCAUUACAGAGGAGUGUCCACAUGCCAUUUUCUUGCUUGUGGCCCAACUGGUCAUCACCACCUUGAUUGAAAUCUUCAUCACAGGUACCUUUCUGGCCAAAAUUGCAAGACCUAAAAAAAGGGCAGAGACUAUUAAGUUCAGCCACUGUGCUGUCAUUACUAAACACAACGGAGAUCUUUGCCUGGUGAUCAGAGUAGCAAAUAUGAGGAAGAGCCUUCUGAUACAGUGUCAGCUGUCUGGGAAGCUUCUUCAGACAUACGAAACCAAAGAAGGGGAGAGAAUCCUGCUGAAUCAAGCCAGUGUCAAGUUCAAUGUUGACUCCUCUUCAGAAAGUCCAUUUCUCAUUCUGCCUUUAACGUUCUACCAUAUUUUGGAUGAAAGCAGUCCUUUAAGAGAUCUCACACCUCAAAAUCUCAAGGAGAAGGACUUUGAGCUUGUGGUGCUCCUGAACGCCACAGUGGAGUCCACCAGUGCUGUCUGUCAAAGCAGGACUUCCUACAUCCCUGAGGAGAUCCACUGGGGUUACGAAUUCGUGCCUGUGGUUUCCCUCUCUCCAAAUGGAAAGUAUGUUGCAGAUUUCAGUCAGUUUGAGAAGAUUAGGAGAAGCACAGAUUCUUCUUUUUAUAGUAUGGACUCUGAAAAACAAAAAUUAGAGGAGAAAUACAGGCAGGAGGAUCAAAGAGAGAGGGAACUGAGAACAAUGUUGUUACAGCAGAGUAAUGUUUGAUUGAGUGGACAAACUAUCCUGAUUAAUCCUUUCUGCAAACUGAGAAAGCAUUCUUUCUGUGCUUUAUGUCUGUUAUAAAGCCAGCAGUGAAGUCCUUUUCAGAAAAUAGCUUUGGUGUAGAGUAAACCUAUCCCUUUGUUUGGAUGAGUUGUUAAUCAAGUAUUUUGUAAUUAGUUGGGAUUUCUUUGUUCAUGAUCUUGACUUAGCAAAGUUGGAUUUGUAUUAAAUCUCUGCUUUAUACCACCACUAAAAGCAGACACAUCACUUUCUGUUUGGAAAGUGAAACUGGAUGCACUGUGCUGAUUCCUUCAAAUAUUUAUUUGACUUGGUUUUACUGUGAACGCAUUCACAGAGACAGCACACCGUACUGCUAAAAGAAAAUAUGCUCUGUUAAAAUAUGUAUAUUUAAAAUAUGUAUAUUCUCAUACCAGUUAUUACCUUUGUGGGAAUUUCUGGCAUGGAAAAUAAGUUGAUUGGAGAGACAGACUGUUAACUGUGGGAAAAGCCUGCAGGGAAGUGAUAAACUCCUUCUUAAAUCUUAAAGGAAGGUGACAGAGUAGUUGUGCUGGGUGGUGGGGAAGGGAGCUCUCUCUCUGUUUCUGCUACACACAACCUGUUUUUUGAUCGCUCACUUUUUAAAACCUUGUUAAUAGCUGAUUUAUGUAUAAUAGCAAAAAAAGGGGAGAUGAGGGCAAGCUACACAAAAUCAUAACAGUAAUCAACUGAGGUUAAAGCUGACUUUGAGACACCUUUUUUUUAUUCAAUGUAAAUAGUUUGUAACAGCAGCAUAACAAUACAUUUCUAUAGAUCGCUUGCUUUGCUAUAGACCUUAUUUAAUUUGGUUAAAAGAAAGCUGUAUAAUGUCUGUAGACAAUAUUUACUUUUUCUGGCAACCAUAAAGGACAAGCAUUCCUUUCAUCCAUUUCAUUUUUGGUCUAUUAAAACCAUUCCAUUAAUAAAGGAAUUUAAU